AUGGCAAUCACGCCAAAAGCACCAGUCAAUGUCGGCGAAACUCCAAGAGGAAAGGCAAAUUGGUUCGAAAUCACGGGUGGUACAAUCACUGGCGUAGAUGGCACCCAUAUUGCAGAUGUAAACGCGGGCGGAGGAGACUAUCUCACUCGAUUCGUCGAUGACAAUGUCGCUGAGGUGGAUCUGCGGCUAAUCGCCAAAGACUCGAAUGGAGAGCUGUUACGCCUCACCGUAUCGGGAUUCGACUAUCUUGAUCGAGCAACUAUGCUGGCUUUGGAUGGCCGAGCAGGAGAGGAUCCGGGCAAUAAUACGACAGGCAUCACGGAGCCGUACGGCUUUGAGAUAGUCAAGUGCAGCACGGCGAGUCAAGAGUACAGGUGGAUGAACUUUGCCGUCUUGAUUGCGCGUGACAUUCCCGAGGGCAUUCCUAUUCCUAUCCACGCAUUCAUCUGUUUCUGUCCUGUCUCCGCCGCAUCUCUACCAGUGGCCCAAACGACGCUCAGCUCAGCUCCUCUCCAACAGACUCACAUGUCUUUCGCCAGCCUUCCCUUUGAGCUUCGCUCCCUCAUCUGGAGCCUGGCAGUAGCGCCUCGCCACAUCACCAUCAACAAGGUGCGCGCAAAGGGCAGCUUCAGCAACAAGCACCGCCAGCAGGGCAAAGACAUCCUCUACGAGACCUCGUCAACGCCGCCUCCGGCUCUCAUGCAUGUGUGCAGCGAGUCUCGCCAGCAGGCGCCCUAUAAGCGCGCAUUCACCGCGGGCACCGAGCCGCGCUGGACGUGGGUCAACUUUGAGCUCGACAUCUUCUGCGUCUCGAGCCUCUACGCCGUUUCGGACAUGCUCUCCCACCGAUCCGAGAUCCAGCGGCUGCAGAUCCGGACUGACGAUGACAUCGCCAUCGACUGGUACGAGGCGGCCACCCGUUAUAACGGACUCUCCGGUGUCUACCAGUUGGAGAACCUCGGGGAAAUCCAGGUUGUGCUGGAGCCCGGCGACUUGAUGUGGGGAGACGUCUUCAAGGACUGGGGCCUUGGACGCUGUCCUCAAGACAACAUCACCUUCCUCGACGAGGGGUCUGGACUGGUGCUGACUGGCGAUCAGCUAAAGAUGGUGGGUGACUGGCGGGUGGUGUUUUCGUUUGACAGCGAGGGAAACCCGCCUGACCCGGACAGGCUGUCGGAGGAGAUUGCUCAUGUCCUCGACGAUUCUUGGCAUAUGACUUGGGCACAAAUACACGAGCUGGAUUGA